AUGGCAGCCGCGCGCGGAGAGAGCCCGAGCUCCAGCCCGCCGCUCCAGGACCCACCGAGCCGGCCGCCACGGGACGGUUACGGUGUCUGUGUGUUCCCGAAUUCUUUCUUUCGAUAUGAAGGAGAAUGGAAAGGAGGGAAGAAACACGGCCAGGGGAAGCUGCUGUUUAAAGAUGGGAGUUAUUACGAAGGCGAGUUUGUGGACGGGGAGAUCACGGGAAAAGGCUGCCGGCUCUGGGCCUCAUCAGGGAACACCUAUUCUGGACAGUUUGUUUUGGGAGAGCCUCAAGGACACGGCGUCAUGAAGUACAAAGCUGGCGGACGUUAUGAAGGGGAGUUCUCCCACGGCCUGAGAGAAGGACAUGGGCACCUGGUGGACCAGGACGGACAGGCCUACUGGGGGUCGUUCCAUGAGAACAAGAGGCACGGCCGGGGGCACAUGGUCUUCCGGAACGGUGACAAGUACGAAGGCGACUGGGUCCGGGACCAGCGUCAGGGGCACGGGGUGCUGUGCCGAGCCGACAGCUCCACCUACGAGGGGCAGUGGCACAGUGACGUCUUCAGUGGCCUGGGCAACAUGACCCACUGCUCCGGGGCCGUCUACCACGGGAUGUGGAUCAAUGGCCACCCGGUGGCACAAGCCAAGAGGAUCGUGAUUUUGGGUCCGGAGGUGAUGGAUGUGGCUCAGGGGUCUUCCUUCACGUUGAACGUCCAGCUGCAGCAGGACAAUGGGGAAGUGGCCAGGAGCGAGGAUGGCCGGGUUUUGAAGAUCUCAGCCGGCGUCAGGUAUGUGCAGCUCCCGGCCUACUCAGAGGUCAGCUUCUUCAAAGUGGACAAGGACAACCGAGAGCCACCCAUCCAGACCCCAUUUGGGUUUGACUGCAUUGCCUAUCCUCUGUGGAGUCCCAAGUCCGGGGGCCUGGAGCCCAGAGCUGCCCUGGAAAGUGCCGGAGAUCCGCCGCUCCUCAUGGGGGACCUGGAGCCAGCGCUGCCAUCAGACACCUCUCGGGGCCAGAGGGACAUGCCCAGUGGCCUUCCCGGAGAGACCUCCUCCUCUUCCUGGGGAUGCGAGCCCCACUGCCCUGAGAACUGCCGGCGCGUCAAACAAGGUUGCGCCCGAUUCUCGGGCGUCCGCCUUGGGCCCCCACCGCCCGGGUACAGCCCCGUCCUCUUCCUCGACGGCCUCCGUGAGGAGGCAGACUGCAGGCCCAGAGGCAGCCUGGGCCCCGGGAGGACGAUGCCCGCCACACAGGACCCGCCAGGAGGCAGCAGGCCUGACGGGGCGGCCACGACCGAGCCGGCAGCAGGAGCCUUCCCAGGGGAGUAUGUCGUCAUGAUCCGCGAUGUGACCGACCCUCCCUUCCUGGGCCACACGCUGCCCACCGCCUUCAAACACCUUCGGGUCUUGGGGAAGGGGACGGACCAGCAGCCCCACGUCCCUGGAGAAGGCCCCGAACCCCCAAGCUAG